GUUUGCUUGUGUAUUGUGAGUGUUGUCGGUUCCUUGAUUUCUCGAUUGCUUGUUUCCAAUUGUUUAUUAACAAAUAAACAAUAUAUUUCUAACGAAAAUAAGUGAAAACCGACGUCGCCAUGGACACUCUAGAUGCAAAUAUCAUGGACAAGUCCAUGCGAUCGGUGUUCGUGGGAAACAUUCCCUACGAGGCAACCGAAGAAAAACUAAAGGAUAUUUUCGGUGAAGUUGGUCAAGUACUAUCAUUCAAGUUAGUAUUUGAUAGGGAAACAGGCAAACCAAAAGGCUAUGGGUUUUGUGAAUACCGCGAUCAAGAAACCGCACUCAGCGCAAUGCGUAAUCUCAACGGUUAUGAAAUCGGUGGUCGAAAUCUACGCGUUGAUAAUGCCUGUACAGAAAAAUCCAGGAUGGAAAUGCAGAAUUUAAUGAAUCAGCCACCAGUGGAGAAUCCCUAUGGUGAUCCAACAUCUUCAGAUAAAGCUCCGGAAGCAAUUAGUAAAGCAGUUGCAAGUCUACCACCUGAACAGAUGUUUGAAUUGAUGAAACAGAUGAAAUUAUGCAUACAAAAUAAUCCAUCAGAAGCUAGGAAUAUGCUGCUGCAGAAUCCUCAGCUAGCAUAUGCGCUUCUACAAGCACAGGUUGUGAUGAGAAUCAUUGAUCCAGUCACUGCAAGUAAUAUGUUGCAUCCACAAAACACGGUGACUUCUUUACACGCACAAGAGAAACCUGUGCCGCAAGUUCCUAUCAAUAAUUUCCCACAGGCUGUGCAGGCGCCGAAUCGUUCCGAGUUUGUGAUGAAUAAUCAACCGUUUUCAUCAAAUUUACCGCAAGAUAUUGAUUUGCGUAAUAUGGAUCCACGAAUGCGAGGUGGACAGGAUGAUUCCAGGUUGCCUAACCCUCUUCCGCCCCCAAUUGCCGAAGCGUUUAAUCGUGAUCGUGACCCUCGUGGUGGCUACGGUGAUCCCCGACAAGCAGCCCGAGUGGAUCCGAGGCAACAAAAGAUAAUUCCCCCAAUCAUUCCACCAACAGUUCCAUCAAUGGCCAAUAUACGCCCGACGCCUGUUUCUGCCCCGGUGCAAGUCCAACAGUCGCAGGUUCCAGUGCUCGCACAACGUGCAGGUUUAUCGCCGAAUAUCGGACCUUCUGGUGCAUCUGAUCAGGAAAAAGCUGCGUUGAUAAUGCAAGUAUUGCAGUUGUCAGACGAACAAAUAGCGAUGUUACCACCAGAACAGCGUAACAGUAUCCUUGUAUUAAAGGAACAAAUCGCCAAAAGUACACAACGUUGACGAGGUAAAGGUAAAAUCUAUAAUUUAUUAUCUUUUAUUAAACCAAUUCCAUUCAAAUCAUAACCUAAGAUUAAAAAAUCAUAAAAUUACACUGAAAAUUACGUUAAUGUCUAUAUUUUCUCAAAAUUUCUUUACAAUCGAAGCGAAUACAUAAUAAUAAAUAGACAAAUACAAAUCGUAUUAAUUUUAAAAACA